AUGCAGGCCAGGGCCGUGCAGCAGAUCCCGUACCCCGGAAAAAGUUCGAACCUUGCUGCGAUGCACUUUGUCCUCUCCGCUGUCUCCGCGGCCUUCCUGCGGCCCUUAGCCCCCUCGCCGUCCAGCGCUUAUUCAGUGGGAGAUAGCAUGGAUGUCUGGAACUGGCGCGAUGGAACUGGCAAAGGGACCUCGUUUGAGAGGCUGGUGGCAGAGGCCAAGCGUGCGCACGAGAGUCGGCAACAGGUGGAGGUGCACGUCGGGGCCGACUCGGCAGUCGACAGGGACCGGGUCACCUUCGCCGUCGUGGUCUGCGUCGUCUCCGUCGGCCACGCCGGACGUUACUUUUACGCGCGGCGCGAGGAGUCGCUGCAGACAGUUCCGGUGCUGCAGACCCGGCUAUUGCGCGAGGGCGUCGACGUCGUGCGCGUGCACAUCGACUCGAACACGGCGCCGGGCUGCGAGUCGUCGCAGCACACAAAGAUGCUGACGGGGUACGUGUCUGCGAUGGGGUUCCGGCACCUCGUCAAGCCGGAGGCGUGGGCGACCUUCGUGGCGGACCGCCACUCGCGCACCAACCGGCACACGCCUCGCCCGCUGCCGGUGCCGAGGAGCGAGCGGGGACGCGCCAAGAAAGGGCGGCGCGACCGUCCGGCCGCGAGGGCGAGGUGA